GAUGUAUAUAUGGCUUUACAAAAAUUCUCUUUUAAGACCGAACACAUUGAAGAAGCAAUGAAAAAUACACUUUUAUAUGGUGGUGAUCUUCACUCUGCCCUUGAUUGGCUUUGUUUAAACCUUCCUGAUGAUUCCUUGCCUGAAGGUUUUAGCCAGCAGUUUGAAGAACAGCAACAGAAGCCUAGAGUAAAAUUCUGCUCUCCUGUGUCACAACGUGAACCUCCACCUCACUUAGUAGAUAACAAAAAGAAAGAGAAUGGCCCUGCAACUAAGGAGAUGAGUGUGGGGAAAGAGAAAGAAGUAAGUAUGAAGGAAUGGAUUUUGCGAUAUGCCGAGCAACAGAGUGAUGAAGAGAAGAAUGAGUCUGUGAAAGAGACAGAUGAAGAAAACUUUGACCCAAAUGAGAGGUACGUCCAACUGGCUGCCAAGCUUUUAGAAGCAAAAGAACAAGCAAGCGUCUCCAAGCAAGACAAAGACAAGCAAGGCCAGAAGGUAGCACAGGAGAAAAUAAGAAGAACUCAACAAGAAAUGGCAAUGCUUGAAGAACAUCCAGUAUUUAAUCCAGCUAUAAAGAUUUCGAACCAACGACAAAAUGAAAAGAAAAAAAACCCCUCACCUCAGCCUCAAGAAACCACUCUGAACCUGAGCUUGCUUGAAAAGCCUGAUGGUGCUGCAAAGGAAGACAAAGUGAAAAAGAAAGAACCUCUGGAUAUAAGAAAUUUUGAUUAUAGUGCUCGAAGCUGGACUGGUAAAUCUCCGAAACAAUUUUUGAUUGACUGGUGCAGGAAGAAUUUUCCCAAGAGCCCAAAUCCUGCUUUUGAGAAGGUUCCAGUUGGGAAAUAUUGGAAAUGUAGGGUCAGGAUUACUAAAUCGUCAGAUGAUAUAAUGACCAUGUGUCCGACAAUCGUAACAGAAGAUAGUAUGCAAGCACAACACCUAGCUGCUACUCUGGCACUCUAUCAUUUAACCAAAGGACAAUCAGUUCAUCAGUUACUACCUCCUACCUACCGAGAUGUUUGGCUAGAAUGGAGGGAUAUCGAAAAGAAAAAGGAAGAAGAAAACAAGAUAGAAACAAAUAAGCCUCGCGAUAACUUCAUUGCUAAACUAUUAAACAAACUCAAACAACAGCAACAGCUACAAUCUGAAACCCAACCAAAAGUAUCAGAGGGUCCUGAAGAUUCCUGGGAAAACUUAGUUUCUGAUGAGGACUUCAGUAGUCUCUCCAUUGAGGCCUCAUAUACAGAUAAUUUGGAACCUUCAAGGAUUUUAUUUAAAAAACUGCAAAGUUCCUCCCGAUACCAGAGGCUUCUGAAGGAGAGACAGGAGUUACCCGUGUUUAAGCACAGAUACUCGAUUGUGGAAACUCUUAAAAAACAUCGAGUAGUGGUUGUGGCUGGUGAAACAGGCAGCGGGAAGAGUACCCAGGUGCCCCAUUUCUUGUUAGAAGAUUUGUUGCUAGAUGAAGGAUCAACUAAAUGUAAUAUUGUUUGCACACAACCCCGAAGAAUCUCAGCAGUGAGUCUGGCGACCAGGGUUUGUGAAGAGCUAGGCUGCGAAGCAGGACCAGGAGGAAAAAAUUCCUUGUGCGGAUAUCAAAUUCGUAUGGAAUCAAGAACAGGAGAAGCCACCAGACUACUGUACUGUACAACAGGUGUCUUGCUUCGGAAACUUCAGGAAGACGGUCUUCUUUCAAGUAUAUCUCAUGUUAUUGUAGAUGAGGUGCAUGAAAGAAGUGUCCAGUCUGAUUUCUUGCUAGUUAUUCUGAAGGAAAUCUUGCAUAAGCGUUCAGAUCUGCAUCUGAUCUUAAUGAGUGCUACUGUAGACAGUGAGAAGUUUUCCAGUUAUUUCUCACACUGUCCCAUUUUAAGGAUCUCUGGGAGGAGUUACCCUGUUGAGAUUUUCCAUGUUGAAGAUGUAAUUGAAGCAACUGGCUAUGUUCUGGAGAAGGACUCAGAAUAUUGUCAGAAGUUCUUGGAGGAGGAGGAAGAAGUAACAAUAAAUGUUACUAGCAAAGGAGGAGGCACUACAAAGUAUCAG